AUGAAGUGCAGUAUGAAAUUUACAAUUUUAAGCUACUCUUAAUGAUGAGCACCAUUUUGAAUUGUCAAUAGGAGAACGAUUUGAAUUAAAUAUGAAUGACAAUUUUAUUGGUUCCAAUUUGAGAUUUUCCUUAGUUGGUUCUCAUAGUCGAUAAUUUUCUUUAUAAUAACGUUUGCAUUUCGUUCAAACUCAACCAAUUAUUUAAAAUCAUGUUAUUGUUAAAUAAUGGGGAGAACUUUUAGCAUUGUUAUAAGGAACUGACCAAUAAUUUUAUAUCCAAUAUGGAAUGUGCGAUUUUCAGAAGGCUCCAAUAUUUGAGAACAUAAUUCAGUUAUUACCUCGAAGAAAUUGCAUUGAUUUUGUAUAAGACAGCCCUUUUUCUUUUGUAGUUUUAUGUGUUGAAGAAAAUGAUUACUAUUUAUAAUAUGUUUAAAUAGGAAAAUCAAUAUAAGAAUUUUAAUAUGCAAUAAAGGAGAAAUCAAAUUAAUUAAUGAUAAAUAUAGUAAAUGAUGUAGUGAUUGUUAUAUAAGUUUCAGAUGAAUGCAUAAUUGAUAUUUAUUAUUAAUAAAAAUCAGGGAUUUAAUUAAAUUCAGAGACAUUAUCUUAAUUAAUGUAGUAAUAGGUUUAAAAGUUUGAAAUAAAUGAUAUCACUAUUAAAGCUAAUUAAAUUAUUAUUGCACAUAAGUUGAAUAUUAUGAUAUAUUUAACUAUCUAAAUUUAGAAUGAUUAACCUAUAUUUAUAUUAGUAAAAUCACUUUUCUUCUAAGAAAAUCUACUAAAAAUAAGUGCUUAUUUAGAUAACUUUUUAAAUCUUAUUGUUGUUUCACUUAUUUCUGAAGACAGAUUGUAUUUUAUAGAAACUGACGAAUAAUAUCAAUUAGAUUAUAGUAUUAAUAUUGAGAAAGCAGAUUUACAAGUAUCUCAAUAAUAUUGUUCAAUUUAUGAUGGAAAAAAUCUCAUCAUAUAUAAAUUCACUGAGAAAAAUAAAAUUCUAACAUUUUAAGAAGAGUUUAAUCUUAUUUAAUUCAUAUUUAAUUCCGAUUUAAAUGAUAUGAUGAUUAUUUAAGAAAAUUAAAUAAGUAGAUUUAUANGAAAUUUACAAUUUUAAGCUACUCUUAAUGAUGAGCACCAUUUUGAAUUGUCAAUAGGAGAACGAUUUGAAUUAAAUAUGAAUGACAAUUUUAUUGGUUCCAAUUUGAGAUUUUCCUUAGUUGGUUCUCAUAGUCGAUAAUUUUCUUUAUAAUAACGUUUGCAUUUCGUUCAAACUCAACCAAUUAUUUAAAAUCAUGUUAUUGUUAAAUAAUGGGGAGAACUUUUAGCAUUGUUAUAAGGAACUGACCAAUAAUUUUAUAUCCAAUAUGGAAUGUGCGAUUUUCAGAAGGCUCCAAUAUUUGAGAACAUAAUUCAGUUAUUACCUCGAAGAAAUUGCAUUGAUUUUGUAUAAGACAGCCCUUUUUCUUUUGUAGUUUUAUGUGUUGAAGAAAAUGAUUACUAUUUAUAAUAUGUUUAAAUAGGAAAAUCAAUAUAAGAAUUUUAAUAUGCAAUAAAGGAGAAAUCAAAUUAAUUAAUGAUAAAUAUAGUAAAUGAUGUAGUGAUUGUUAUAUAAGUUUCAGAUGAAUGCAUAAUUGAUAUUUAUUAUUAAUAAAAAUCAGGGAUUUAAUUAAAUUCAGAGACAUUAUCUUAAUUAAUGUAGUAAUAGGUUUAAAAGUUUGAAAUAAAUGAUAUCACUAUUAAAGCUAAUUAAAUUAUUAUUGCACAUAAGUUGAAUAUUAUGAUAUAUUUAACUAUCUAAAUUUAGAAUGAUUAACCUAUAUUUAUAUUAGUAAAAUCACUUUUCUUCUAAGAAAAUCUACUAAAAAUAAGUGCUUAUUUAGAUAACUUUUUAAAUCUUAUUGUUGUUUCACUUAUUUCUGAAGACAGAUUGUAUUUUAUAGAAACUGACGAAUAAUAUCAAUUAGAUUAUAGUAUUAAUAUUGAGAAAGCAGAUUUACAAGUAUCUCAAUAAUAUUGUUCAAUUUAUGAUGGAAAAAAUCUCAUCAUAUAUAAAUUCACUGAGAAAAAUAAAAUUCUAACAUUUUAAGAAGAGUUUAAUCUUAUUUAAUUCAUAUUUAAUUCCGAUUUAAAUGAUAUGAUGAUUAUUUAAGAAAAUUAAAUAAGUAGAUUUAUAUUAUCAGACGGUUAUUUAAUAUUAUUACCUCCAAAAGAGAUAAUAAAGACACCUGUAGAAUUUUCAGUUGUUGCUAGUAGUUAUUUAAUGGAAUGUGAAGCAAGAGUAUCUUAUAUUGUAACAAGUAGUACUAAUUCAUAAUUACUUAAACCUUAUACAUAUCCAAAUCCAUAUCCUAAUAUAUUAUUUUUUCCAAAAUUUCCAUCUAUUUAUAGUUUAAAUGAUGUUUCAAUAUCAGGACCAAACCAGAAAAUGAUUGUUACUGUAAAAGAAAAUGAAUGGUAAUCAAUUAACAUUUUAACUGAUUAUAAAAUUAUCAUACCAAUUUAAGGGUUAAAUGAAUACAAAUUAAAGCUUGAAAGUAUAAAUAUUGAGAUUAAUCAACUUAAUAAUUAAAAGAUUCAUUUUAUUUUAUAAUAUUAUAAAUAGAAGCAAUUAUAAACUGAGUUUUUAUCUUGUGAAUUCAACAAACAAAAAUUAAAGAUUAAUUGUGAAAAAGAGUACAAUAUUGAUUUGGAUAAUAUAAUAAAUGAAGAUUAAAUUGAAUAUGAUUAUAAUUUAUCUACAAAAGAGGUAUUUAUAUAUGUAGUAAAUUAAAAUUCAGUUAUUAUAUACAAAUGGUAUUUUAAUAAAUUAAGUUUAGUGAGUAAAAUUUAUUAAUAAGAUGAAACAAUAAAAUAAAGUUAAUUGAAAAUAACUUAGAUAGUUUAGGUUAAUAAUUUUUUAAUAAUUUUGUAAGGAAAGAUAAUUUACUUAAAAUAAUUACAAGGAAUAGGUUAAUUUAAAAUAGAUUAAACAUUUUUACAAACUUAGAAUUAUUUGGUUGAAUUUAAACCUAGUUAAAUAAGAGUGUGUAAAAAAUGGAAUCUUAUAUUAAUUGUAAAUGAAGCAGAUGUAUUAGUAAUUUAAUGUUUCAUAAAAUGUACAUUGGUAAAUAAAAUAGUUUUUGAGAAUGCAAUGAGUUUAUCGAUAUAGAUUUAAAGAGAUAAUGUAUUGAUUGUAUUAGCUGAAAUAGAAGCUGAAUUAUCUUUGAUGGAAUAUUUGAUAAAGGAUCCUCAUUAUAUAAUAUUUUAAAAGAAAUUUGAGACGUAUCAUUUCUGGCUUGAGAAAUAAAUGAUUAAUAACUAUUAAGAUGAUGUAUUUUAUGUUUUUGCUUAUAGUCCAGUAUUGAAACAAAGAGUGAUAUUGAUUUAUAAAGUGUUAGUUGAAUUGAGAGAUUCUCUAUUGACUAUGAUCAAAAUAGGUGAAGAUAAUUAAGAUUCAUUAUGUUCAGUAAGUGGUAUAAAUAUGAAAUUAAUGUACAUUCAUUCUUAGAGAUCUGAUUUAAUAUAUUUACUAACAAAUGAUUUAAGAUCAACAAUAAAUGUAGAGAAUCAAAAGGAUAAUUUAUUUAUACAUACUGUACAAGUGGAAUCAUCAUUUUUUAAUAUAGAUUAUCCAAUCUAAAAAAAAUAUCAAUAAACAAUUAAAUUAGUUGAUUUAGAAACAAUUAUAAAUAAAAAGAAUGAUGGAAUAACUUUAAAAAUAACAGAAGAUAUUAAAAUUCCAAUAGACAAUUCAAUUUUUACAGGAUUGAUAACAUAAUUAAGAACUGAGAAUGCAUAAUUAUAGUUACAACAAUCUAUUGAGAUACGUGAUAUAAAACGUAAAUUUAAAUCAAAAAUUAUUGAUUAAUGUUAAAUUGAUUAAAUAAGUGUAAUAUUGACUCAAAGUUCAAUCUAAUUUGUUAAUAAUAAUUUUAUAGAUUUUUAUGAUUCAAUAGAUAUAAGUGAUCUAAAAGCAGAUCUUGGUAAUGUGUUUUGUAGUUCUCAUGUAAGUAAAUUAAUUGCAUUCAGAUAUUAUACUACAUUUGGCCAAUAUUUAUAAUUUAUUGAAUGUGCUUAAUAAUGUAAGAAAUAUGGAAAUCCAUAAUUAAUGAAAGAAAAUGAAUUCAUUUUUUAAAUAAUGAUUAUCAAUUCAACUUUGAUUACUCUAAGUUAAGAUCCUAAGUAUCUAUAAACAUUACUUAAUCUAUAUGAUAUAAAAAAGAAUGAAUUUUAGGUUUAACUUUCCUUAACAGAUAAAAUAGAUAAAUAAAGAGCAAAUCAAGACUUCAAUAUUAAAUAUAUUAGUAUGUAGUAAUACUAAGUAAAUGGCGUUUUCAUUUAUAAACUAUUUCUCACUGAAAGUCACAAUGGUGUUUUGUAUGUAGAUUUGGCUUAAGAGAAGUAUAUGUAGAUUAAAUCUAAUGUAAUCAAUCUUAAUUUACAAACUCUUCUAUAAAGCAAUGGUUUAUUUGAAGUUGAAAUGUAAUUAUAUCUUAGCACAAUAUCUACUUAAGAUCCUAAAGAUUUUCAUAUUGAAGGUUAUACUGAAUUUUAUAUUCUAAUUAUAACAUCUAAUUCCCUUCAUUAUGGAUUGAUUGUCUAAUUUAAAGGAUCCAAAUUAUCUGAAACUUCUAUUUCUUAUCUCUUACAUACACAUUAAUUAUGGCCUCUCAUUUCCUUUACUUAAGUUAAAUAGUCUUAUUUAGCUCUUGCAUAUCUUUAUCCUGAUUAAGAAAAUCUAUUAAUUGCCAUCUAUAAAAUACCUACUAAUAAAUCUGACAAUUUAAAAAUAAACCCUGUUUUAAUUCAUGGAUCAAUUACUAUUAAAUUAGAUAAAAAUCUAAAUUUAGUUAUCUACUUACUAGAAAAUGAGGAAGAGAAUAUUAAACUUUAUUUUAAUCAAUAAGACUCAUUUACUAUAUUCUAAGCUGAAAUAUUUAAUAAUUCUUAUCUAAUUAUUAAUAGUACUGUCAAAAAUCAUGAAUUCACUUUAAUGGCAAGUAACUACUAUUAUGAGAAUUCUAUCUAAAUAGUAAUUGAGAAUUAAUCUAAAAAAGAAGGUUUAGGAGUAUUAGUAAUAUCUAUAAUUUAUAUUAGGUGAUUAUUAUGAUACUGAUUGGAUGUAUCUUUAUGAUAGCUUUAUUAGCAUACUUAUUUAUUAAGAUUCGCUCAAAAAACAAAGUAGUUAAUUCUGUUACUUUGUUUGAAUGA